AAGUGUAGAUGACGUGAAUGAUCAGUGCUCUGAUAUUAGUGCUGAUUCUGAAGUGAAAAAUACAAAAAUUUACAAAUUCUUCAAAUGUUGUACAAAGAAAACAUGCUCAACAUUAAUAUGCAAAAAUUGUGGUGGUGCAUAUCACGAUUCUUGUGCGAGAAAACUAGUAAACAAAACAGGUCUGUCAUUCCUGGACGCAACGUAUGUGAAAUGCUGUGAAAUGGAGGAACUAAUAUAUAAUUCCAACGGAGGCCGAGAAAAUGAAAUAGAAUCGAACCAAUCAGUAAACAUUCGACUCAAAGAAGAAAACAUCAAAAUGAGGUAUGAAAAACAGAUACUCCAAGCUGAAAUAAAUCACUUGAAAUAUUUAUUGAAUGAACAAAAAGAAAACAAAGAACGGCUUUUAAAUGAAAUGAAUGAUAAGAACCUAAUUCUCAGAGAGAAUAAUAGAUUUUUGAUGGAAAGAAUAACACAAAUGCAGACUGAAAUUCCAAUAGUCAAUAUAAACAGCAGUAAAGAAAAAAAUCGUCGUGCUAUAAACAUCGAAAAACGAGAAAAUAUUUCAUUAUCAAAAACUCCAAUAAUUUUGAAAGAUGAUAAGCCGGAUAAACAGAUGUCAAGUAACAGAUUGAAGAAUGUAACAUACAACAGCAUAAUGAGUACAACACCGAUCCAACAGGUGUCUACAUCCUCAUUACAGGCAUCUAGAAAAGAUACAUCAAAUGACAGUCGACAAAACAAAGAUGCACGCUCAAAUAUAAACAAACAAGAAAUAGUGGAAGACAAACCGGAAAGUCAGAUACAAGAAAAGGAAUUCAAAAAAGUUACAUAUAGAAAGAGGAGACCAAAAAAAAAUUUAGGAACAGCUGAAAUUAGUGAAGAUGAAACUAAAAAUGGGUUUUCUGGUGGAGAAAGAAAAGUCUGGCUCUAUAUAUACAGAGUCAACAGAGUAACGACAGAAAAAGAAAUAAUUGAUUAUAUAACUAACAAACCUGGAUUUGACAAAUAUACAACUAAUGUAGAAGAAAUUCCAAGUGGUGAAGAUCAAUUGAAGAGGUUCCUUGUUACGGCCCCAUUAAUAAAGAAAGAUAUAAUGUAUCAACCAGAAUUUUGGCCCAAAAAUGUCGGUGUUAAACGAUUCGACUUUGAAAAAAAAUAAGAAAU